ACUCCUAAAAGCCGAAAAUACUCGAAAAAUAAAACAAAUUCUUUUCGAAAUCCUUUUUUCGAUAAAACAGUGAAUUUGGCCUAAUUAAAUGUAAUGAUGUGUUAUUUACCUUGGAUCUAGUUAAUGUAUGGUUAAUCAAUAAAUUAUUUUCAGUUGAUCUGUCAUGUGCUAAACCUAGGACACUACGUUAAAGCAAGAACCUGAUACCAAUUUGUCCUAUAAAUAUACAAUUUUUCAACUCAAACUUUACAUAUAAUUUUUCAUUAUUUGCUUAAGUUAUUUAUUUUAUUUGUCUCUAUAGUUUUUUUUAAGCAUUUAAUUGAAGAGAAAUUAUGGGUCAUUUGUGGACUUUGAUCACUAGUCUUCAUACUCUUGCUGGGCCUGUGAUGAUGUUGAUCUAUCCUCUGUAUGCAUCAAUAGUAGCUCUAGAGAGUACAUCUAAAUUGGAUGAUGAACAAUGGCUUGCUUAUUGGAUUCUAUAUUCUUUUCUUACACUUGUGGAGAUGCUAUUUCAACCCAUUCUUAAUUGGAUACCAAUAUGGUAUGAUGUGAAGUUGAUUGGUGUGGCAUGGCUAGUUUUGCCUCAAUUUAGAGGAGCUACUUUUAUAUAUGAGACUUGUGUUAGAGAAAAAUUAAUAAUGAACAAAUAUGGAGAUCAAGGAAAGUCAAAAAAGAAAUCUGUUCACUUCAUGACUCCAGAGAAGGGGGAGGAUGAAGCUUACGACUGAAAGGAAAAUACAAGAAAUGCAGACCAUCACUCAGUGCACAAAUCUAACCGGUUUGAUCGAGAUAGAUUCAAGAUUUAAAAAUUACAAGUUAACUUAAGUUUAUUAUUCGGUGAAUUUUUAAUAAAUAUAAGAGUUUCCACCAUACUUUUCAUACUAUUAUGAUCAGUGUAUAACUAAUUAUUUCAAAUCUCUACUGUUUGCUUCA